AUGCCUGCUGGUCUUUCUUUUUAAUGCCGUACAAUGGCUUCGCAGUACCCUCCAAGUCUCCGGAUCCAUCUCUCGGCUCUGAUCCUGGUGUAUGAAAUCUCGUUCGUCCUCAUAUUUUAUUUUUUUGUUUCGUAUGACCAUCAAAGAGACCUUGCUAUCUAUCCGGUAUUUCAAGAUGUCAACGUCAUGGUGUUUUUUGGUUUCGGCUUCCUCCUGGCUUUCUUGAGAAGAUAUGGCUUCAGUAGCACUGGGUUCGGCCUUCUUCUCGCCGCCCUGGGAGUGCAGUGGGCUGUGAUCGUGGACGGAUUCCUGUUCCAUUUCUUAGAUGGGAAAGUGAGGAUCUCUCUUCAAAGCAUGUUAACAGCUGUUAUGAGCAUCCCCACGGUGUUGAUUUCGGCUGGAGCUGUCCUUGGGAAAGCCAACCCGAUCCAGUUGGUCUUCAUGGCUCUGAUAGAGGUGACCGUUUUCGCCACUAACCGAUGGAUCGCUGUGGGCGUUUUGCAGGUGUCAGAACCCUUAAGCCUGAUGUACGUCCAUCUGUUUGGGGCUUACUUUGGGCUGAUGAUAGCCUGGUGGCUGUAUCAUCCAUCCCUGAGCCAGAAAGUGGAGAAGGAGACGUCAAAGCCGGUCUCCCAUUUGUUUGCAAUGCUGGGUACUCUCUUCCUCUGGAUGUUCUGGCCCAGCUUCAAUUCGGUCCUGAUCAACAAUGUGGGGGACAAAAGCGUUGCCGUCUACAACACCUAUUUUGCAAUUGCUUCGAGCACCGUCGCUGCCUUUGCACUCUCGGCGGCGACCAGCAAAGAUGGAAAACUCAGCAUGACCCGCAUCCACAAUGCUACUCUGGCCGGUGGAGUUGCUGUUGGCUUUUCGGCUUCCAGCAUCCAACAUCCUUGGAUCGCAAUAACUUUGGGCCUGCUGGCUGGGACCGUCUCUGUACUGGGGUCUGUCUUUCUGCAGAAACCCUUGAAUACUUACCUGAGGAUCCAUGAUACCUGCGGAGUCCAUUCCACAUUUGGCUUGCCCAGCUUGCUUGGUGUGGUAGCCCACACCAUUCUUACCGUAGCAGACCACUGGGGAUCCAGUGACCAGUCUCAAUGGGGUUACAUGGCUUUGAUGGAACUGGGUGCACUGUCUCUGAGCAUUGUCCUAAGUUUGGUUGCUGGAAUUAUUACAGGUUUCUUGUUAAUUUGUAAAUUGUGGAAAGCGCCCCCUGUAACCAAGUACUUCGACGACCAAGCUUAUUGGGAGUUCCCCCACUUAGCUGUUGGAUACUGAAUACAGAUGUCCAGACUGCCACAAACCAGA